GGGCUCCCGCCCCGCCCGUCCCGCCUGCCCGCUCGUCGGUCCCCGCGGCGGCGGCGGCGGCGGCGGCUGCCCAGUGACAGCGGCGGCGGCACCAGGUCGGCGGUAGUAGCUUAGGGUCGUGCGGCCCGGAGACACACACGGGCCGAAGGGCGGCGCGGCGCGAGGAGGGCCAGAGCCGGGUCGCGCGGGAGGAGACCUCGCGGGCGCCGGGCGAAAAGGCCGGCGUGAGGGAGCGCGGAGGCAGUGGCCGCCGGCGGCCCGGACCCGCCUGUCCUCGCGGCCGCCGCCGGCAUGAGCCACAUCCAGAUCCCGCCGGGGCUCACGGAGCUGCUGCAGGGCUACACCGUGGAGGUGCUGCGGCAGCAGCCGCCCGACCUAGUCGACUUCGCGGUGGACUACUUCACCCGCCUGCGCGAGGCCCGCUCGCAGCCCGCCAGCCCGCCCGCCGCCCCUCCUUCCGGCUCUCAGGGUCUGGAGCCCGGCGCUGGCCUGGUCGCCGACGCGAAGGCGGACACCGAGUCGGAGGACGACGAGGACCUGGAUGUUCCAAUUCCUGGCAGAUUUGAUCGGCGAGUAUCAGUCUGUGCUGAGACCUAUAACCCUGAUGAGGAAGAGGAAGAUACUGAUCCAAGGGUGAUUCAUCCUAAAACUGAUCAACAGAGAUGCAGACUUCAGGAGGCUUGCAAAGAUAUUCUCCUUUUCAAAAAUCUUGAUCAGGAACAACUGUCUCAAGUCCUUGAUGCCAUGUUUGAAAGGACAGUCAAAGCUGAUGAGCAUGUCAUCGACCAAGGAGAUGAUGGAGAUAACUUCUACGUCAUAGAACGGGGAACCUAUGAUAUUUUAGUAACGAAAGAUAAUCAAACUCGCUCUGUCGGUCAGUAUGACAACCGUGGCAGUUUUGGAGAACUUGCUCUGAUGUACAACACCCCGAGAGCUGCUACUAUUGUCGCCACUUCGGAAGGCUCCCUUUGGGGACUGGACCGUGUGACUUUUAGAAGAAUCAUAGUGAAAAACAAUGCAAAAAAGAGAAGGAUGUUUGAAUCAUUUAUUGAGUCUGUGCCCCUCCUUAAAUCACUAGAGGUGUCAGAACGAAUGAAGAUUGUGGAUGUAAUAGGAGAGAAGGUCUAUAAGGAUGGAGAGCGCAUAAUCACGCAGGGCGAAAAGGCUGAUAGCUUCUACAUUAUAGAGUCUGGUGAGGUGAGCAUCCUGAUCAGAAGCAAGACUAAAGCCAACAAGGAUGGCGGGAACCAGGAGGUUGAGAUUGCCCGUUGCCACAAGGGGCAGUACUUUGGAGAGCUUGCGCUGGUCACCAACAAACCUAGAGCUGCUUCGGCUUAUGCAGUGGGAGAUGUCAAAUGUUUAGUGAUGGAUGUACAAGCAUUUGAGAGGCUUCUGGGGCCCUGCAUGGACAUCAUGAAGAGGAACAUCUCCCACUACGAGGAACAGCUGGUGAAGAUGUUUGGCUCCAGCCUGGAUCUGAUUGACCCCGGGCAGUAGAGUAGAAGUCAUCCAGGUUUAAGCCCUCCAGCUCUAACUACAGACUGACCUACGGAUCAUGAGUCCAGACCCUCACUGCAUACAGGGCCCCUUGGGGGUCUGGCUUGAGGAAGGAAGACUUUAAAGGGACCAGCGUGAGUGAAAUAGUGCCAGGAGUCCGACAGUGUUCCGGUUCUCUUCACAGCGUGGGGAAUCUGAGGUGGCAGACCAAGUUCGACUGAGGGCUCUGGUGUCUACAUUAUGCCCGGCAAUCCCUGCACUUUUGGUUGGGCCUCAAGCGGAGGUGUGUGUUGGGAAGAGAUCCUUUUUAUGUUGUUCUCUUCCGUGGGUUAGAGCUUCAUGCCGUCUUUCCUGGCUUUGCUGUGGAUUUGGGGUAGUGGAAAAUACUCCUUGAGCCUUGACGCCCAACCUAUAGUAUUAUCCUUCUUUCUAAGCCCAGUUUAUCAUGCCCACCCUCUUCAUUUGGUCGUAGUCUCUGAAGAAGGGCGUCAUGUGUGCUGUCCUCUUAGUUGACAGUCUCACAUAUAAUUGUAGUAGGUUCUCAGAAGUCAGAGUGCAGCUUUUCUUUGAGCAGUUUAUGAGUGAAUUCAGCAGCAAAGUGGCAAGAAGUGGUUCUCCGGCCCGGAGAGGUCAUGUUCAUCCUCUUAAUGCCCAGAUUCUCUGCUCACAAUGGUAGUCAGUGAGAGGUGCCACUGGUGCCCAGCGGCACCCUGGGUACAAAGCAUUUCCAUGUCAAGUCACAGUGUACAAACAGCCUUCUCUCAUUUAGAAAAAGUGAAAGAGCAUUUUUGCACAGAGAAAAAGGAAAAAGACCCAUGAAUGUCAUCUUUUAUCUUUUGUUUUCGGUUGGCUGAUGUUGGAAUUUUUGUUCUUGACAUACAUUUGUAAACCAGUCUUGCCAAGAUACAAGUUGUUUUGGUUUUUCACUACAAUUACCUCUUGUUCCUCCUGUCUUGACUGCUGACGUUCCUCAGUGAUUCUAAUGUCUAUUUUAUGGGAAGCAGCCUUCCCCUGUGGGUUUCCUUUUACACACUGCAGGGCUAUCUUUAUACUUUAAAAAAAAAAAAAAGAAAAAGAAAAAAAAAUUCUGUCACUAACCUCAUGGGGGAUUUGCAGAAAACCAUUUAGCCCACCUUGAGCAAAAGGUAGAUUUCCUCAUUUUUUUCUUAAGCUCAUUGUAAUAAAGGAGAUCUAAUUCAGCAUUAUUAUGCUACCUCAAAGGUAAAAUGUUUUAAGGUCUUUUUUUGGUCCUGAGUUCUACACAUUGUGUUUGAAAUGUCUUUCAAUUGGAAUUGUUUUUAAAUCAUUGGGGACAAUCUUAUUUUAACCGUUUUACACUUGUAUAUUAAUCUCAGAAGAAUAAGUGAUUAGAAAGUGAUCAAGUCUUGCUCUGUAGUAUUGAACAUAUAAUUAAAUCAUUGUUUGCCAUAAACAAGGUUGGGUUUUUUAAAAGGAAACUCUAGGGCUCGGCUUUGCUCUUGGUUAAUAAAGGCUGACAAAUCAUGUCUGA